UUUCGAAACCGAAACAACGAAUACGAAAAUUAUAAAACAAAUCUGUGAUUAGUGAUUACUGUGGGCGUUGCCACAUUGUUUCUGAUAAUAAUAAUUCAAUGAAUUUUACAAAGAUAACUCGCUAAGGCUUUCGCAUCCUUUAGCAGUGUGCUAGAUAGCAAGUAUUUAAUAGAUAAGAGGUAAAUGUGUCACACUUCAUUUCGGUAAAAGUUAUUGUCACAAACUUUUUAAAGUGUUUUUUCAAUUUUAAGAUUUUCGUUUAAAAGUUUCAAUACAUAUGUAUUUAGAUGAGUUUAAUUUAUGUGGUUAGUGUUUUAACUUGUAGUUUAAGUCACCAGUGAUUCAACAGAAGCGAAACCAAAAUAUACACAAGUAAUAUCAAAUAUGUGAAUGAAUCAUUAAAAAUUCUUAUUAGACCGUAACUGAUCCUGUGAAAAUGUUUACAAAAGUGUUAUUAACGUUAUUUAUAUUAUGUACAAAUGUGAAAUCUCAGUCAAAUAAAGAUCUUUACAAUGGACAGUUUAACAAUGAUUACUAUAAUACCCAACCGCAAGACAAGCCUCGCGAUACUAGGCUCCCUAAGCCAGGGGAUAGUGACUACAGAACUUAUGUGUAUAAUAACAGGAGGUACGGAACAGACCCGUCGAGAUACAACCCAUAUAAUCCUAACAUAAACCAACCUGGUGGAUUUCCAUAUAAUCCGAUUAUUACAAAUCCACUUGAUGAUCAGUUUAAAUACAAUACUAACAGAGACCCAAAUAAUCCUGAUGCCUUAUUUCCCGGAGUGUUGGGAGGCUGGAGGGAGGACCUGCAAGGGCGAGAGAGGAGGGACUCUCGACAGCUAAAGAGGGACAUAUUUGUUAACACUAACUUUGGACAGGUUCAGGGGUUCAAGGUAUAUUUAUAUGACAAUCCAGACCCCUUAUCUGGGUAUAGACCCUGGCUAACACCAGUUGAAAGAAUACAGGGAGAAGUUUCAGUAUUUCUGGGUAUACCGUAUGCGCGACCACCUGUUCUUGAAGGGAGAUUUAAGCCCCCGCGUCAGCACCCUGGCUGGCAAUUAAUGCAGGCGGUGGACUGGGGCCCGGCCUGCCCGCAGCCUGUGCGUUUCACGGGCGCCACUAAGGCCAUCCGCGAUAUGGACGAGGACUGCCUCUACUUGAACAUUUUCUCCCCCAAUACCGAAGCAGGAUCCACAGCGCAAAAAUACCCCGUAAUGGUGUACAUACACGGUGGACAAUUCGCUUCGGGUGCUUCCAAUCUCUUUCCUGCUCAUGUACUGGCCGCCUUCUACGAUGUUGUGGUUGUCUCGUACAAUUACAGACUUGGUGCUUUGGGUUUCCUUUCCACGGGCGAUGAGAACUCCCCAGGAAACUAUGGAAUCCUGGACCAGGCGAUGGCUCUCCGCUGGAUCCGGGAUAACAUCGCGCGGUUCAACGGUGACCCGGGAUCAAUCACCCUGUUCGGUCCCGGGGCAGGCGCCGCAUCGGCCGGGCUACUUGCUGUUGCGCCACAGACCCGGGAUAUCGUUGCCAGGGUUAUAGCACAGAGUGGCUCAGCGUUAGCAGAUUGGGCGAUGAUAGAGGAUAAAUACAGAGUACAGAACACAUCUCUAGUGUUUGGGAGGCUGCUGGGGUGCCCAAUAGAUUCCUCGUGGAAACUGGUCAACUGUUUGCGACAAGGGAGGAGUUUCUAUGAAUUGGGGAAUGCUGAAUUUCAGCCAAAUGUAGGUUUCAUACCAUGGGGUCCAGUACUGGAAAACAACUUCACUUUCCCUGGGGACGAAUGGUACGAGGGUUGGCGGGAGAGGGACUGGCAUUUCCUCUCUACAAUGCCUGAGGAGUUGGUGGCGCGGAGACAAUUCAACCCUGCACUGCGGUAUAUGACCGGCGUCACUACUCAAGAAGCUGCUUAUGUAUUAUAUACAAACGACUCCCUAGCGCCAGACUACAUGAUCUACGAGCGAUGGUUCGACCAGAAAGUGCAAGAGUUCGUGCUCCGAUACAACUACACGCUCAACCCUAGAGGAGUGUACGAAGCAAUACGGUACAUGUACACCUACCAUCCCGAGCCGCACAACGUCAGCGCUAUACGCGAUCAGUACAUACAUUUCCUAUCAGACUUCCUCUACCGAGCGCCAACAGACAAAAUGGUGAAACUUCUCCUCGAACAAAACGUCCCAGUCUACAUGUACGUGCUCAACACGACUGUGGAAGCCUUCCAGUGGCCUCAGUGGCGACAGUACGCCCACGAUACUGAGCAUUUCUUCCUCGUCGGAGCGCCUUUUAUGGACCAGGAGUUCUUUCCGAGGAGGCAAAGGAUAGACCGACAAGCCUGGACCCCUAAUGAUCGAAAUAUGAGUCACUUCUUCAUGAAGGCUUAUGCUGACUUCGCGAGGUUUGGAAAUCCAACCCGUUCGCGCAUCCUCGGCCUGCACUUCGAAAUGGCACAAGCGGGACAACUCCGAUAUCUAAACCUCAAUACAACAUUCAACUCUAGUAUCCAACUCAACUAUAGACAGACUGAAUUGGCCUUCUGGACGGUCUACCUACCCACUGUCAUCGGUAGAAUGCUGCCCACAUACCGGCCUAUCACUGAGUUCUGGUGGGAGCCUCAGCAGCCGCUACAGAUCGCGUUCUGGUCGGUUUCCAGCGUCUGCAUCAUGCUCAUAGUGUUACUCGUCGUCUUGUGUAUGCUGUGGAGGAACGCCAAGAGGGCGAUACCUCCAAAGUGGAAAAUGGUACCCACCACAGAAAACGACCGCUAUUAUAACGGCGACAUAUUCAUGGUGCCGGAGAUCGAGGACAGCGGCAUUGACAACACCACGCGCUCCCGAGACAACAUCUACGAGUACAGGGACGUGCCCGUCAAGAGGCCGCCUACGCCGCAAACGCUUAGAACGAUAAGCCAACCCCAAACACUCCAAUCGUCCCGAGCGCCGUCAGAAGCGUCCACAGAGUCGGCCAUAUCGCUGAAGGAGGGCGUGGUGUCCAGGACCCCCGACCCCCGCCUCCCCGCGCCGCUGCCGCGCGCGAGGUCCCGCACCACUCUAGUACACGGGGUGCCUCAGACCACUGUGUGAUGAGUGACCUCCUCAGAGUAGUGUAACUCCCCACACACAGGGUCCUAUCUUACAUUUUCUAAGUGUAUAUCUUAAAAUUAAAAAUGUUCUUAUUUUGAAAUUAAAAAAGUAAUCGAUGAAAGCGCCACAUUUUCCGUAAAAUCAACUUUAUAGCUAAUUUUGCGAAAUAGGUGCUUUUCUCAUUGAUCAUUCAACUUGAAAAAAAUAAAACAAACCACUUGAAAUGAAUAUUUUUGACCACGAAGUUGAAUGAGUAUAUCAGCGCAAAUUCGAUGAAAUCAAAUUCGGGUAAAUACUAGUUCACGCUGUAAUGCAUUAGUUAAGUGGAAUUUACAUUACAAAAUUAGUGGCACGAAAUUAGUUUCACGACAUUAAUUUCACUAUCAAUUGCACAUGUAAACGUCUAAUUUCGUAAUACAUGCAUCUGAUUUCCUAAUGCAUGCAUUACGAAAUUAGAUGUUCGUGAUCGUGCCACUAAUUUCGUAAUGUGAAUUCCGCUUAACUAAUGCAUUACAGCGUGAAUUAGUAUUUACCCGAAUUUGAUUUCAUCGAAUUUGCGCUGAUAUACUCAUUCAACUUCGAGGUCAAAAAUAUUCAUUUCAAGUGAUUUGUUUUAUUUUUUUCAAGUUGAAUGAUCAAUGAGAAAAGCACCUAUUUCGCAAAAUUAGCUAUAAAUUUGAUUUUUCGGAAAAUGUGGCGCUUUCAUCGAUUGCAUUUUUAAUUUCAAAAUAAUUCACAAACCUCGUGAUGAGGCAUUAUGAUAUAAAAAAUAUGAGAUUACUGAAAGUUGCAGCUUUUUAUAGACGUAUUAUUAGAACAGUAACUAUUGUGUUCAUAUUGUAUUGAUAAGGUUUUAUGACUUCGUAUCUUUUGCAGCUAUUUAGAAUAUAUUGUUUUUAUAAAGCAUUCCAUGUAUAAAUAUUAUAUUAAUACCACCGCUAGCGUACAUAAGUAAUGUUUAAAUAAUGUAAUUUCAGGUACGUAUAACUGAGUAUGUUCCUGCUGUAGUGGAGGGGAGCGGGAGGGGUGUGAUGACGUGACGCGCAAGCUCUGUGAUUGGUCAACUUGUGGCAACUGUCUCCCUCCCGCACCGCUCCACCGCAGGAGUCUACUCAGUUAUGCGCUAUACCUAUAGUGUAAUGCUUUACCUCAUAUCCAAUUUUGUGACAAUGUUGCCAUUAUAGGCUUUAGACUGAACUGAGUAGUUUUUUAUACAGCAAAUAUGUUAGCUGUAGACACAUCACAGCAUCAUAGCUACAUUGACCGCGACAGUCAAGUAAGCGAUUGACGUAUUAAGUGGAACGAACAACGCACAGGACAAUUUGUUCGAAGCAUGAAGCUAUAUUGCUAUAAUUGCGUUCUUAGCUAAGUUACCAAGAAUUUUGGUUGUUCUAACAGUAAUAAUAUUAAGUAGGAAUACAGUUUAUCCAUCAAACAGGUCUACAUUGCGUUUAUGAUGAUUUUUAUUUAACUACUGAAAAACUACGUUUUAAGCCCUGUAUAUUAUGUUUGAACUUUUUUUGUUUCCUAGUAACUCAAACAGCCUUUUAUACAGUACCCGGCAGGAAAUAUUGUACAUCCUUUAGAAAGAGAUAACGGUUUCGUAGAGCGUUGACUCUGUCGUUGAGGCCGACAAAACAUCACAUAAGUAUGAGUGACAGAGACAACGCUCUACAAAGCUGAAAUUUCCUUCUAAAGGUCGAUGUGUAAUAUUCCUUGUCGGCUACUGUAUAGUUCGCGGCAGGUCAAGAUGGCAAUCGGGGUAAGAGGCGAGGGUGAUGUUGAAUAAAUUUUGACGCUACGGUAAAUCCAACUUGGUGCAAAUAACAACAUAAAUUGGAGACAAUUGUAUGACAUUUCACUCAAUUCCCCGCAAGCCGCUCUGUACAUUUGUUUCUGAACUGUAGGAUUGCCAAGCUAUACUGAUGACUUAUUUCAUCAAAUAAGAACGCUAGGAAGAGUUGCAAUAAUUAAUUUCGCAAUCGUUUGCUUCGCUUAUAGAAAAGCUUAAGUAUUUAUAAAUAUAUCGUACAACGGCGUAUAUUACGUCAUAAUAUUAUAAGGAUUUUGUAGGUUAACAUGUUUUGUAGGAUUUUUAUAACGAAAAAUGUGAUUUGUAUUCACCGCGACUUGGUAUCCAGCACAGUAGGAUCAGCGCAGACCGGCCAGUGAAGUGUUCGAGCAUAUUUAUUACCGAUAUUUAAAUAUCAACCUCAUUCAAUCCAUACUAAUAUUAAUUAUAAAUGCGAAAGUGUCUGUCUGUCUGCUACGUUUUCACGGCCCAACCGCUGAACCGAUUUUAAUGGGUACAGACAUGGGAUACAUCCCGGGGAAGGAC